UUUUUUUUCCUUUACUUUAAUAAUAAACAAACUUUAUUAUCCAAUCAAAUUAUGUCAUCGGUCGCAUCAAGAUUGCCAUUAGACGUUUUAAGAAUCAUUUUUACAUCUAUUCGUAAAUCUAGUAAAAAUCCAAAUAAUGAUGAUUAUGAUAUAAGACGUUAUUUACAUUCUUGUAUUUUAGUAAAUCGUUCAUGGUGUAGAGCUGCUAUACCACUUUUAUGGAGAAAUCCUUUUUAUUAUUUUAAAAAUGGAAAUGCAAAAUUAGUUGAUACUUAUAUUUCAUGUUUUGGUUACGAAGAAUAUAUUUAUCUUGAAGAGGAAGGUUUAGAGUUAAACAGAAAAAGUUAUGCAAGACCUACUUUUGAUUAUGCUUCUAUGUUGAAAAGAUUAGACUAUGACAGAUUUUGUCAAUCCGUUGAUGUUUGGUGUGGUUAUUUAGAAAAUGCUCCUUAUAAUUCAAUCUCUUUAAUGAUAAGAGCAUUAUUUAAAUUAUUUCUUACAAGAUCCGUUAUAUUAUUACAUUUGGUUCUCGGUGAAUGGCUUUCACGAAAAGCAACCGAUUAUAGAUAUACAAGAUUAAUAGAACGAGAAUUUAAAAAUUUAUUAGAACCGGUUAGAAAAUUAAAAAUUCAAGGUGAAUUCGUUAAAGAUCGAGUUUUAACUGAAUUAAAAGAUUCUUGUAAAAAUUUGGAUAAAUUAUUCGUAUAUCUUCAAGAUUCACCUCCAAAUUAUACAGAAGAAUUGGAAUCUUUACGAGAAUUUGUAAAUACUCAAACUCGUUUAAAAUCCCUUAAAGUUGCCAAUGUUAUACCUAAUACAAUUUUUCCUUCAUUAUCAACACAAUCGAAAAGUCUUUGUUCAAUUCAUUUUUGGAAAAUAGAUUUUAGGAGUUGUGAAGAAUUACCUUGGGAAAAUCUUACUGCAUGUAAAAAUUUACAAAAAUUAAAAUUUAAAGAUUGUAUAGGAUUUGGUGAAACUAUGUAUGAAGGUUUAACGAAAUCAUAUUUUCCAAAUUUAAAAUUACUUGCUAUAAUUGGUGAUAGUAAAAAUGAACUUGAUGAAUAUAUUAUUCAAUCUGAUUGGCAAGCUUUUCUUGAUAGUCCAAAUAUAUGGGACACUUCUACUGUUGAAGAAUUUCUAAAAGUUCAUCAAUUUCAAAUUCCUUCCGAAAAACAAACUUUAUUGGAAUGUCAAAAAUUUAUCGAUUGGGGAAUUAAACAAGGUUCUGUUGUCGUAUUAGGAAGAUGGAGUAUUGCUUCCGCUAUUCAAAAAUUUGGUCAAGUUAUAAGAAGAGUUACAUUAACCUGGACGUUUUCGGAUGAAUUUUAUAAUAUUUAUCGCCAAUACUUACAAAUAUUACAUAAAUGGAAUAUUACAUAAUGGUACCUAAUGACGAAAUAGUAUUUAUUAUUAUUACUCCGAUUACUCCGAC